AUGCCUCCAGGUCCUAGUGGCCAUCCUGUAGUUGGCAACCUACUACAAUGGCUUCAGGCACGUAAUGGUGGGACGAUGGUGCCAUGGCUCGUAGAACAAGCGCGGUAUGGCGAAAUGACGACAUUGAGUAUGGGGACGAAAACAUGGGUUCUUCUCAAUAACAGCCGGGUGGCCCAUGAGAUCCUCUCUAAAAGAGCUGGCAUCACACAUGAAAGACCGUACUUUCCAAUCGCUGGAGGGCUUGUCAGCCGUGAUAAGAGACUUUUUCUGCAAAAGACCGAUGACUGGAAGGAGGGGCGUCGUCUGCUUCACCAGUUAAUUAUGGGCUCAGACUCGAGGAACCACGGACAUCUGGCUGAGGUUGCGAGUCUGGGGCUGCUCCAAGCCUACUUGGAUGAGCCCAGAGCAUGGCACACCCACCACUAUCGCUAUGCGGUCUCUAUCAUGUACAAGAUUGUGACCAAUACGUCCUUACAACGGACUACAGCCGAGCUGGAGGAUUUGCGACAAGUUACUUCAACGUUUUUAACUUCCAUCAACAGUAGCCUGAUUGAAUUCUUCCCCCAGCUAAGCUGUCUACCCGAAACGCUCCAAUUCUGGCGCCCACAUUGGGAAGAGAUGGGCACAUUCCAUUACAACGUCUUCAAACAUUGGUGGGCCGGGAUGAAACCGUUAGCUGAUCCCAGUGCUAAGCCAUCAUUUGUCCGCGAUGCUGUCCUUAACACGUACUCCGGUACUGAAGAAGAGGCAAUGUAUCUGACAAUGUUGGCCAUUGUUGCCGGAGCGGAUAAUCCACGAAUGGCAAUGAAUACAUGGACUAUGGCCUGUCUUGCAUAUCCGGCUGUCAUGCAAUACGCGCGCGACGAGCUUGACCGUGUCUGCGGUGUUAAUGCCGAUCGCCUGCCAGGUCUGGACGAUCUGCCUAGACUCCCUUACAUGUGCGCUGUGGUCAAGGAGGUUUUAAGAUGGAGACCCAUCGUGCCUCUUGUCCCGCAGCGUGUUCUCACUGAGGAUCUAGAGUUUGAAGGAUAUAGAUUUCCUGCAGGUACCGAGUUUCUCCUCAAUUCUAUACCCGUCUGUAGCAAUGGCUAUGAGCGACCGGCCGAGUUCUGGCCGGAGCGCUGGUUGGAAAACAACGCGCCUGGAGGUGGUAUUGAGCAGGGUCUCUGGCAGUUUGCAUUCAGCGCAGGACGGAGGUCAUGCGUGGGCUACAAACUGGCUCAGAAGGAAUUAUUUGUGGCCUUGUCACGAUUGCUCUACUGCUUCGAUUAUUCUCCCGCCGGUGAGCUUGACGACGAGAAACUAGGGCAUUUUGGCUCGGGCGAACCGUUUCCAGUCAGGGUUACCAUACGGUCUCCAGCACACGAACGCCUGGUUCGUCAAGAAGUGAAAAAAGAACAUGAGAAUCAUCUUGUGUGA